AUGCAGCUCCUCGACGGCAUCACUUUUCCCUACGACGAUGCCACACGACGACAUCUGCUAACAGUUUAUCGACAAAAACAAUCGUUUUUGGAUGGUGAAAUUGUGCAAGAACAUCUGCUCAGCCAGCCUCUUCUAUGUGCAGUACUAAUAGUGUUCGCCAUAAUAUCGUUGGGAACAUUCCUGUUCUCUGUGAUAUUCGUCGCCUGUCGAGCUCUUGGCAACUGCGGAGCGAAGCGGUACCAGGGAUGCCAUCAUACUCCUCGGCAGUCUUGUGAGAAUUUACAAUACGGAGCGUUGGUGGCGUACACUCCGUACUCUAAAUUCGAGGAAAUUGUCCUUGCCCACGACAAAUCAAUAAAAGAAGAAAUCAAAUAG